AUGAGGAUACCAUUUCAAGAUUACCGUCCAGCACGGUGGCGUGAGCCUCCUCGCUCACCUCUGCUACUUAUCGCAGCCCUCGCAGCCCUCGCACCGGCGUUUUCACAGGCCGCCCAGUUCAAGAAGUUGCCUUCCUCAAAACUGGAAUUUUCGAACCUGGGGAGGAUAGCCAUCGUCGGAGACUUUGAUGGCAUUUCGCUCUAUGAAUACGAAAGCCAGAUACCCAAGACAUCCAGCAAAGAUGAUGGCGAAUCUCUCCUCGCACGGCUACCCAAUGGGGUGUUGGCCUCGAUAUUAUCGGUUGAUGCGUCGAUCCGAACGAUGUGUACCUUCACCCGUAAGAACGGCGACUUCGGCGGUGUCGUCAUCGGUGGCAACUUCACGAGCCUCGGCGGCACAAAAUCAAACGCGAUUGCCCUUUUCAACCCCAACACCACCGAAGUCACCCCCCUCACAGGCCUCGAGGGCGAGGUAAAUACUGUCUACUGCGACAAGGACCGAGAUACCAUCUUCGUCGGAGGGAAUUUCACAGCGGCCAAGUCGACAAAUGCCGUCGCUUGGGUUCCUAACGACGGGUGGCGUGAUCUUCCCUUUGCUGGAUUUAAUGGACCAGUACAAGCCAUCACCAAAGCACCGAAUGGCAAUAUCGUUUUUGGAGGAAGCUUCAACGGUCUUAGCAACGCCACCGCCAUCACCACCAACUUCAACACGACAAGAAAAUCUAACCAAACGGACAACCAGGUUAUCAACUUGUCCUCAGCCGGCGUCACUGGCACGAACAGUGCAUCGGCGAACGGCUUCACCGAUCCGAAGAAUAUCGUCUGCUCCGGUGGCGCGGACGGGCCUGGCCAAGCAUGGUUCCUGCAGGACCAAACGCCAGGCACUUGGGAUGCCAAGUUCGGCUAUUCUUUUCAACCAACCAAGCUCAGGCUCUGGAACACUCACCAAGAUGGUCGCGGGACCAAGACCUUCCGUUUCAUUGCCCUGCCUCUCAACGGCAUCAUGAACUUCACAUACGUCGAUCCUUCCACCAGUCAAAAUAAGAGCUGCACCAGCGAAUGUCCGUUGAGCCACGAUGCCAACGUCAAGUUUCAGGAUUUUCACUUUGUCAAUCGAGUGUCAAUGAAUAGCCUUCAAAUUUCCAUCUCGGACUGGUAUGGUAAGGGUGCUGGCUUGGCCGGCGUCGAGCUUUUUCAGGACGACAUCGUCUCCUUCGCCGUCGCCAACUUCAACGAGCCGAGCUGUGGCGGCGUCGUAUUCCCGUCCAGUGCCUCAUCCACUGGUCCGUGGACCCAAUCACCUUCUCUGCAGAGUAAUUCGGACUACCUGACAGCCAACCUUUCUGGCGAUAUCACCUCCAAGUCGGCCUCUGUUGUCUUUUACCCCAGCAUCCGAGAGUCAGGCUACUAUUCCGUCGACAUGUUGACGCCCGGCUGCAUGGCUGACAACUCCUGCACCAGGAGAGGCCGUGUAGACGUGACGGGAACGAUGGCGACGGGAACGGCCAAGGCCGACUUUUCAAAGACUCUGUUUCAGACAAACAACUUUGACAAGUACGACCAAAUUUAUUAUGGCUACAUUGAAAAAACGUCGGAGACUUUCAAGCCGAGCGUUACCAUCACUCCGACUGCCGGCCAGAACGUUGGCGAGCUGACCAUUGUUGCCCAGAAGUUGGGCUUCACCCUCGUUAGUACAACUGGUGGAGAAAACGGGAUUGACGGGCUCGACGGGCUCGACGGACUCGACGGGCUCGACGGACUCGACGGGCUCGAAGGGCUCGACAGGAUAGACAAACUCGACGGGCUCUUCGACUUCAACCCUGACAACAGCGUCCUGUCCAUUACGGACCUGGCAAAGUCGGAAAUCAUCAAGAUCAAUUCCGCCUUUCAGAACAACUCGAGUGUCGUGUCUCUCGCGACGUCCGGUGACGUGACGUACGUUGGUGGGAACUUUACGGCUGCCGAGGAUUGGAACAUUGUUGGAAUUGACGGCUCGAAAGGGGAGAUUCAAUCCCUCGAUGGGGGCCUGAAUGGAAAAGUUCGCGGCAUGCACCUGGAAGGCACCGAUCUUUAUGUCGUGGGCGACUUUACUGGCACGAAGACCAACACCGUGACCGGUCUGAACCAUGUUGCCCUGUAUGAUUCCAAAGCCAAGUCUUGGAGCACGCUGGGGGCAGGGGUUGAUGGACCGGUUGAGUUCGUUGUGCCACUACGUGUCAACAUAACUUCGAACACCACCGAGACGGCCAUCACGUUGACCGGCGCUUUCUCCAAGUGCAACAGAUUCAGCGACAACAGAGAUUUACCUGUGGAUGGCUUCGCCGUGUGGGUUCCAUCCAGGGGCAACUGGCUCCAGAACCUCGACGGUCCAGUUCCCAUCUAUAACGGGUUCCUCACGGCUGGCGUUGUCCACCUGCCUAACAGUGAGGCACUCCACGCGGGCUCGAUAUCGUCAUCUGAGCUUGGUGUCAACGGGGCAGCCACCUUGACGAAGCAGGGCCUGGGGACAUUUCCGCUGAACAUACAAGCGCAAAGUCCAGCACCCAAAGUUAGCCGCAGAGAUGGCUUGUCGGGUGACGAUCUACGAGGCGUCAUCACCGGUACGUUUUAUGACAAGGACAACGCCAACAUCACCAUCCUUGCCGGCCACUUCACUGCUCUGUCCGCCAACGGCUCCAUGGUUAACAACUUGGUCCUCAUGGAUGGCAAUGACGGCGAUUCCAUCAGCGGGCUUGGCCCUGACAUCGCUGCGGAAUCGGUCUUUCAAUCAGUGGCGAUCUAUGGAAGCACCCUGUAUGCCGGCGGCAAAGUUCGCGGCACCAUCGGCGGCAGCGAGAUCAACGGGCUGGUGGCCUUUGAUAUAAAAACCAAAGCGUUCAGCAACCAGCCAGCGCCAGUGUCAGGAGGUAAUGGUACGGUGUCUGCCAUCAGCGUCCGACAAGGUACCGCCGAAGUCUACGUCGCCGGUUCCUUCACCGUAGCCGGGGCUCUCGAUUGCCCGGCCGUGUGCCUGUACAAUGCCGCCUCGGACCAGUGGACGCAACCGGGCAAUGGCAUUUCAGGCGAUGUUUACAGCCUCAUGUGGUCCAGCGACUCGAUACUGGUCGCGGGCGGCGACAUGCGGACAAAUGGAACCGACACACGCUACCUGCUGUCGUUCAACGCGAAGACGCAGACGUGGUCGACCUUUACGGGGGCAGAAGAGAUCCCCGGGCCGGUGACGGUGAUGACUCCUGCGUCGAGCGAUGCGAAGCAGAUCUGGGUUGGUGGAAAGUCGACCAAGGACGGAUCGAUUUUCCUCAUGAAGUUCGAUGGCAGCAAGUGGAUAUCGGCCAAUCAAUCGCUGUCGGCAUCCACCAUCCUACGCAGCCUCCAGGUGUUUUCUCUAUUCGAGAACCACAAAGAGACGGACAUCCUGGACAGCUCGCAGACUUUGAUGCUGACUGGAUCGAUCGACAUUCCCAACACCGGCGUCGUGGCGGCGGCCCUGUUCAACGGGACGUAUUUCCAGCCAUACGCGCUGACGACGAGCACGGGCGGCGGCAGCGGGAGCAUCGCCAAGAUGUUCACGCAAAGGGACGACUUCUUCACCUCAGAAGGGGGCCACAUGGCCGUCGGCUUCGUCGUCCUCAUUGGAUUGGCGAUAGCUCUCGGCCUGAUGCUGCUACUCGUGCUGGCCGGCCUCAUCCUCGACCGGAUCCGUAAGAAGCGCGACGGAUACAGCCCAGCACCGACGGCCAUGCACGACCGCGAAAAUGGCAUGCAGAAGAUACCGCCCCGAGAGCUGUUGGAAUCGCUCAGCCAGAACCACCCGACAGCCCCCCGCAUUUGA